GUGUGCACGUAACUUUGUCGCAGAAAAACAAAACACGAACUCUAAAGUGGAAGCAGAAUCGGAGAAAGAAAUUUCAAAUUUCGAACUUCGAAGUGAACGUAGAACCGUUAAUGUGAAAAAAGUAAAACUUUUUCAAAAGUACCCCCGCAAUUCGAUAAGUGUUUGUAAAUCUAAAAAAAGAGCACUCAUAUUUUUUACGUGUAUAAAAGCACUGGAAACAGAACAUUUAAUAGUCUUAUUGAUAUGGUAACUUUUUAAGUGAAAGAAAAAAAUUAAAACAAAUAUUUUUGUGUUAAAAACACUAAAAAGAAGUAAACAUUUUUCAAUCAACAAAAGUCAUCCUCUUAUGGAAGCAACGAUCUAAACUGUACAGCCUGUGUUAAUUUAAUCAAGAAAACUUUAAUAAGUGUUUGAUUUAUUACGAAAAAAAAACCAAAAAAGAAUGAUUUUAAUAAUUUUCUUCAUUGCUAUUAUAAAUUUAGGCAUAGCUGACGUAUUCAUGACACAAAUAAACCACAUGGAGUACUACAGAAACAGAACACGUCCUUCGAAGGCUUUCAGUAGUUUUUCGACGAACUAUUUCAAUCAGAAUUCUAUAGGGAAGCCGGGGAAGGAGAAAGUGCAGUGCGGUACAAGGACUGUGGACUUUACUUUGAGGAGGGGGAAAAUUGUCGGAGGCUCUGAAGCUCCCUAUGGAGCUUUUCCGUGGCAAGUGGAAAUUCAGAUGCUGAACGCGGAUAAGCUAACGUUCGAGCAUCACUGUGGGGGCGCUGUAAUCGCCGAGCGUUUGGUUCUGUCAGCAGCGCACUGUUUUGAUAAGGAACCGUUGCAACUUGAGCAAAUAAGACUGCUGGUAGGUGAACAUCGCCUGAAGAUGCAAGACAAGCACGAGAACAGAUUCCUGGCGGAGAAGGUGGUGCCGCACCCAGAGUUCAGAAAAAAUGGUCCCCACAGUAACGACAUAGCCGUGAUCCUGGUGUCUCGCUCCGGCGUCCAGUUCAACUCGCACGUGCGUCCGAUCUGUCUGCCGGACAAGGCGGACACCGCUGGCCGCUGGUGCGCUGUGAGCGGCUGGGGGUACCAGGCAGAAGGAACUGAUAACUUCGCGCCAGUGCUAAGAGCAGCAGCGGUACCGGUCCUGGACCAGACUACGUGCAGGAAGGAGAAGGUGCUUGGUGGCUGCCAGCAGACUAUACUGGACUCUAUGUUGUGCGCUGGCAUUCUGUCAGGUGGUGUAGAUGCAUGCAAGGGUGACUCAGGGGGUCCCCUAGCCUGCUAUGGUACAAACAGGUGGCAACUACAUGGUGUAGUGUCUUGGGGCUCCGGCUGUGCCAGGCGAGCGCGGCCCGGUGUGUACACUAGAGUAGUUUCGUAUGUAGACUGGAUCAAAAGCACUGCCGCUUCGCUUGGACAGAAAAUAUUUUAAUAGACAUACAGCCAGUUUCUUCAUGGAAAGCAAAAGUAACAGUAAAAGUAGUAAGUAGUAAAGAAGACUUUAUUUUUUAGUGAAUAAGACCUCUUUUGAUUUAUGACGUUACUUUGACUGUUACUUGCGAUGAAAAAACUGGCCGUUAGUAUUGAAAGAGGAAACUACAUGGUUUAGGAAAAUUGGUUUACAAAGGAAUGAAAUUUCAAAAUGUUAAGAAUAUAGUGUUAGUUUAGUACAGAUGCGUAGCUACCGUCGUAUCCGCUGUAUAAAUGAUACGGGGCCCCCAAGCUACAGGGGGCCCUUGUACUAGAAAAUUUAAUCCACAACCUCUCACUUACUUUUGUGCUUAAGCCAAGCGUUGAAAUGUUGGAAACAUCCUACAUUGGUUAAGUCAUUGUCAUAUUUAUUUUAAGCGAGCAUUUUUGUUUCUUUUGUAAGAAAUCCUGUCAUUAAUUGGGGCCCCCACUAAUUUUGAUACAGGACCCUCAGAGGCACGCUACGCCACUGGUUUAGUAAAUAUAUCCAUAUUGGCAAUGGAUGACGUAUUUAAUUUGCAAUAUUCCGUGAUACCUGAUAAAUUUUAAUUGCAAAACUGCUCAAAUACGACAAAAUCGUUCUUAAACCAACAGGAGAUAUUAAAUCGACAAAAUGCAAUUUAAAUAUGAAUGGUUAAUUACCUCUCGGUAAUACAAUAAAAUAGAGACUACGAAUUAAAACUUCAGAAAUUAUAAAAAAGUUUUGAAGCUCACAUAAAGUUGUAGUAUCCAAGUUUUUUGACUGGCAAACUCAAAAAAUGCACCGUUUAUUGUCAAUUUUGUGUGAUUUGCUAAUAGACAAAAUUCUAACAUUUUGGUAUACCCAAAAAAUGCAGUAGCUUUUGAACAUUUGAUAAUAAUUUAAAUACCACAUCAUUGCAAGAUUUGAAUGAAGCAUUCAUCAGUAAGUGAAUAACAUUCCAAAAUUUUAAAUUUCAAGGAAAAUAAUUCUGUUGCAAAAUUUAAAAUUUCAAGAAAAUUUGAAUAGAAUAAUAGCGCCCCAUUCAACACUUCAUUAUAAUUAUUCAAUCGACUAUACAUAAUAAAUCAUUAUAAUUUAAGUAUUUGUAUAAUUAUACAAAAUUAAUAUCACCUCUAUUACAGGUGAGUUAAGAAAUAACAAAACGAGUAUUAAUAUUAUUUAAAUUAUUAUUUUAAAUUUAGUAUGUAUUUUUAACGCCAAAGACUAGCCCUUGUUACCAAUAAUAAUUAAUUAUUUUUAAUUUUAGGUACUUUAUUGUUUAUUUAUUUUAUUUUGUAAGUUAAUUUUUAAGUCCUACCAUUAUAAUAACUGUCAG